CUAUUACUACCCCCCCAUCCCCAUACUUCGCAACUGCAGCUUCAGCAGUAGUCACACACUGUCAUCUGCCCGCCGACAAUAUUAUACGCAUAUUCGUACCUGGGCCGACCAGACCUACCCAUCAACAACCCCUUGCACAGAAUGACACCUACAAUACAAUGUUUUGACGACCAAUCAAUGCAAAUUCCACCUGUUUCGGUUCUAUGCAAUAAUAUGUUUUUUCAAGAAAAUCACCACCAGCUGACGUCUACCUCCGAUAAAACGAAUUCAAGGCCUGAUGUUCGAACUAACCAUCAAUGGACCCCUUAUCUAAGGAAUCAUUCAACGUUUAGUAGUAAAAGAAACAUCUACGCUUCAGCAUUAAAGCCGGAGGACGUGAAGAGGUUACUGCGACGGGAUAACGAAUCACCGUCUGUGGCGACUGCGGCGGUCACCGAAGAGCAUUUGAACGCUAUACGCAAGAGACAAGCUUUAUUGCUAGUCACCAUCCAGACGAUGACACUGUUCCACCACAACCAAAUAUUGGAACAUAAGCUGUCGGCGUUACACAGGAAGGUAGUGCAGGUCCAGAACAGGCAGAGGCAGAGGAACAUCAGAUCCGCCGUCGCCGAGGAAUAAUAAUAUUGCUGUAAUCGUCGUCACCGUACACAUAUGUAACAUAUGAUGAAAAGGAAGAGGACGAAAGGGACGUCAUUGGCCACGGAAGUCACUUCGGGCUAAUUUUUAGUCUAAAUUACGGUAUAACGGACAACACAUGCAUACACACACAUACCACUCGCACGUAAAAUAAGGAAUUAUUGUAUCUAUAGGUCGAUUAUAUUAUAAUUUAAUUAUUCAUAUAAUUGUUAUUAUUAUUACCUAUUAUGAGUAAUAGAAGUAAAUAUAGGUACCUAUUACCUACCUAUUCGUUUAUAUGAAGUG